AUGAGAGUGCCAGACGGUGAGUACAUAGAGCUUUCGACGUAUACGGGAGCUGGAGAAGGUGAGGAAGGACCAGUGAUCGAAAACUCAGGGUUCAAUUUCACUGACGAACAGUAUAGGUUGAUUUUUCAUCGGUUAGGAGUAAUUGGAGAUGAAGAAUUAGUAUCGGAAAUUGGUAUCGAACAGGUUGCAAUUCUGAGGGAGACGAGGUAUAUGCUUGAUAAAAUAGAUAAGCUCAGUAUAGAUGAUGCGAUUGGGAUAUUGAGAGAGGCGAUCUCCGAACAUUUAGGUGACGUUAAUUAUCCCCAUGACGAUUAUAGGCUAUUGGAGAGAUUGAUUCAGUUGAUUCCCCAUGAUUUUGAUGUUGGUAAUGAUAAGAAGGAGUCGAAGGAUACGCUAGAGGAACCGGUACAGUAUGAUAAGAAAGGAAAGAAUCACUUACGUAUAACUGAUUGGAAUUUACAAACAAGGCUCGAAGCAAGUUUGAUUGCUUAUCAUUCACCAUAUCCAGAGAUUCGGUCAAUCGUUAGUCCAUAUGACGAUCCUGAUACUCCAGUAGAGACAGUGAGGGUUUACGUGAUAUCGCUUUUAUGGACUUUGAUUGGGUCAAUUGUGAAUAAUACGUUUGUUCAUAGAUUACCUUCGAUUUCUCUAGGUCUGCAUACCGUCCAAUUGCUUUUAUUACCCAGUGGGAAAUUAUGGGAAAAAUGUUUCCCUUAUAACUCUAAGUUGAAAAUUUUUGGUAAAGAAUAUAAUCUUAAUCCGGGACCCUGGACUUACAAAGAAAUGAUGUUAAGCACUAUAAUUUAUUCGUGUUCUGCUGGUACGCCGUACCUGAUCUAUAACAUAUUUGUGAUGAAGCUUGAUCGCUUUUAUGGCUUAAAGUGGGUAACGUGGUUAUUUCAAAUCUUAUUUGCCUUAUCGACUCAGUUUUUAGGAUUUGCAUUUGCAUUCAUCAUGCUAAAAGUUUGUAUAUAUCCGAAAAAGGCCAUAUGGCCCACUAUAUUACCAACUAUCGCUCUCAAUAGGGCAUUAAUGAAUGAUGAACCCCAAUCAUCCGGACCCAGAAUUCCCCUUAUUGGUAAGCAUGUGUCCCGUUAUUCAUUCUUCUUGUAUGCUUUCAUUGCAAGUUUCAUAUAUAAUUGGUUCCCUUCAUAUGUAUUCACAUUUUUAAGUGACUCCAAUUGGCCAACUUUUUUCAGUCCAAACCUGAUUCAUUUGAAUAAUAUAGCUGGAUUCCACCAUGGAUUAGGUUUUAAUCCCUGGCCAACUUUUGAUUGGAAUAUCAUUGAUUCCGCAAGUUGCUUAACAAUUCCUUUUUAUACUUAUGUGAAUCAGUACUUAGGGACUUUUCUCGGAUUCUUGGUUAUAUUAAUUGUUUAUUAUACUAAUAACUACUGGACUGCUUAUUUCCCAAUUAAUUCAAAUCGUUUAUUCAAUAGUAAAGGUGAAGUUUAUAAAGUGAGAGAUGUUCUUGACGAUGAUAAUGUUUUUGACCACAAGAAAUACUUGAACGUUGGGCCCCCUUACUUUAGUGCUGCUAAUUUAGUUCUGUAUGGAGCAUACUUUAGCUUAUACCCCUUUGCAAUAUUGUACCAAAUAGUGACCGAAUGGGAGUCCAUGAAGCAAAGUUUUAUUAAUAUAUACGAUACUAUACGGGAUUCGUUCGCAAGAGAUAAAUAUAGACAUAACAAUAAUAAUAUGGGGAAAUUUGCUAAAGAUCCUCACUGCAAGAUGAUGAUGAAUUAUAAGGAAGUUCCAAGUUGGUGGUUUAUCAUGAUAUUGAUCAUCAGUACUACGUUUGCGCUUAUAUGUGUUAGUAUAUAUCCCACGGAAACUCCGAUAUGGGGUGUCUUUUUCAUUAUUUGUAUCAACUUUUUAUUCUUAAUACCUAUUACUGCAAUUGCAUCGGUGACUGGCUUCACGUUCGGCUUGAAUGUAUUGGUUGAGUUAAUUGUUGGUUACAUGAUUCCAAAUCUGGGGAUUGCGUUAAUCACGUUGAAGAGUUAUGGUUAUAAUAUUGAUAGUCAAGCAAGUAAUUAUAUCACCGAUCAGAAAUUGGCCCAUUAUACCAAGAUCCCUCCAAGAGCUAUCUUUAGGGGUCAAUUAAUUUCUACUUUGAUUAGUGUAUUGGUUGCACUUUCCAUCGCAAAUUGGCAAAUCAAUAACGUUGAAAAUAUUUGUGAUUUGCAGCAAAAAGAUCGUCUUCGGUGUCCAGGUGCAAAUACGUUUUUCUUUUCAAGUUUGCAAUUUGGGGAAAUUGGAGUCGCUACAUGUUUUGGUAAAUCGUAUCCGAUACUCAAAUGGUGUUUCUUACUAGGGGUGCUUUUGGUUAUCCCCUGUGUCUGGUUUAAGAAAAACGGUCCUCCAAACCUAACUCGUUAUUUCCAUCCCCUGAUUAUCAUAGGAGGGUUUCUCUUAUACGCUCCAUAUAAUUUACUGUACUAUACUGGAGGCUUAUACGUUUCUUAUUUAUUCAAGAAACGGAAACUUUUAUCGGAUGAAUAUAACUACAUUCUAACUCUGGCAUUAUCUGCCGGGGUUGCCUUUAGUGCUUUAAUCAUUUUCUUUACCUUGAGUUAUAAUAAUCAACUGCUAGAUUGGUGGGGGAACAAUAUAAGUAGUCAAGGUAUUGAAGGUGCUAGUCCUGCCCCUGCAUGGUUGACCAUAGCGAAUGCUCCUGAUGGCUACGUAGGGUUAAGAAAAAACCAGUACUGAUCUUUUCC